AUGGCCCUGCUGGCUGCCUCCCGAGCAAGCAGUACACACUGGCAGCCCUCCCCCAGCCCCUCCUCUCCCGGCUCCGGCCAGCCCUGAGCCUUAGAGCCUUCAGAGCCCGGGCUGGGCACCGGGACUGGAAUCCAGAGGUGUGAGUGUGUAAGUGACCACUUCAUCUGCGAGAUGCUUUCUUUAGACCAGCUGCACCCAGAUCUGGCCCACCCUGUGGGCUCCAAGGACCCAGAGGAAGAAGGCGGUCAGCACGGGGGCCCAGAGCAGCCCCCGAGAGGACCCCUCCUGGGCUCUUGGCGCCAGGACGUGAACCUGAGCUGUAAGAGCUCCCCUGAAGACGGUGCUGCCCGGGCAUGGACUACCUUCUACUACAACCUGCUGCAGAGCUGCUUGCAACAAGCAGGCCUGCCUGAGACUGUGGAUCGCACCCUGGAGCCUCGUCCGGGCUGCCCUGGGAUGGAGGUGACCAUGUGCCUUCUGGGCUCCCCAAGUUCCUUCUUCUCGGUACUGCUGGAGGGCGGGGCCCAGAGCCCAGGAAACCUGCUCCUGUGUCUGUCUCCAUCCUGGCUGACCAAAGUGCCCAUGGCUGGAAGACCAGGGGAGUCAACCCUGCUGGUCUCCAAGGCUGUGGCAUUCCACCCAGGGGGCCUGACCUUCCUGGAAGAGUUUGCGCCCCCACGGCGGGUCACCUACUUCCUAGGGGAACUGGGCCCUCGGGCUGGUCGAGGCCGGGAGGUGGCCGAGCUGAGCAGGGAUCUGGGCUGCCCCAUGGGAAGCUCCGCAGAGCUAGCCCGCCUUCUGGAGGACCGGCUGCUCACCAGGCAGCUCCUGGCCCAGGGGGGCAAGGUGGCCGUGCCUGCCACUCUGGCCUUGACCUACAAGCCCCCCCAGCAGCUUCGGGGCCAGGCCAGGACCCAGAGCCUGCGCCGGGUGGAGCUCAGUGGCAAGGAGGGGCAGGAGGGGCUGGUGGAGGAGGAAGUGGAGACCUUUCUCCGACUUGGAGCCCUGGGAGAUGCCCGCCAGGUGGCCGUAAAGCCCGGGGGCUGGCGCUGGCACGGGAGCCACGCCAUGAGCCUGCAUCCCAGGUCAGAGCCGGGGGCUGUGGUACGAGCUGUGCUGGCCCUGCUGGAGAAGCUGGAGGAGGAGGAGAGCAUCCUCGUGGAGGCUGUGUGUCCUCCAGCCCAGAUCCUCCAGCCCGUGACCUCCGAGAGCCUCCCUUCCCAGCCAGAGCUGGCCAUUCGGGUCUGUGCUGUCGUGUGCAGGACCCAGGGGGAUCGGCCUCUGAUGAGCCAGAUGGUGUGUAGAGUGGGCCGGCCGGAGCAGCCUCUGCCGCACCAGGCCGCCCUGCCUCAAAGCCUGGACACUGCUCUGGCCGCCUGUGGGCUGAGCGAGCCUGCCACAGUGGAAGCGCUGCAGCGCCGAGUGCAGGAAGCUGCGGAGGCAGCGCUGGACGCUGUGCUGGCGCUGGAGGCCACGCUGAGCCCGGAGCAGCGGGGCGGCUGCCAAGCACAGACCGAUGUCCUAGGCGUGGACCUGGCGCUGACGCCCGUGGGCCCCGGAGGCUCGCUGAGCCCCGUGCUCCUGGAGCUCACCAGCAGCCUGUGCCUGGAGGCCUGCGGGCUCCUGGAGGGCCAGUGGGCCCGACGCGGCCAGCGCUGCCAGUGGGCGGCCGCGGGGCCCCUGGUGGAGACCAUGCUGCGGCGCUCGGCGCGUCAUCUCAUGGAGGGGAGGCACCUGCUGGUGGUGGGCGCAGGUGGCUACAGCAAGAAGUUCGUGUGGGAAGCCGCCCGGGACUACGGGCUCAAGCUACACCUGGUGGAGUCGGAUCCCAACCACUUUGCCUCUCAGCUGGUCCAGACGUUCAUCCACUUCGACGUGACGGAGCACCGGAAGGACGAAGAGAAUGCCCGCCACCUGGCAGAACUAGUUCGGGCCCGAGGCCUGCAGCUGGAUGGCUGCCUCUCUUACUGGGACGACUGCCUGGUGCUGACAGCCUUGCUGUGCAAGGAGCUGGGCCUCCGCGGCUGCCCCCCAGCUGCCAUGAGCCUGGCAAAGCAGAAGAGCCAGACGCAGUCUCACCUGCUCCAGUGCCGCAGCCCGCGCUGGCCCGCCCCUUCCCUCUACGCGGUCCCCUGCUGCCCGCUGGAGGCCCCCGAUGACGUGGAGCGGGCGGCUCGCACGGUGCCCCUGCCCGGCGUCAUGAAGCUGGAGUUCGGGGCAGGGGCCGUGGGCGUGCGCCUGGUAGAGGACGCCUCUCAGUGCCGGACACACUUCGCUAAGAUCUCGCAGGACCUCCAGGGGGAGGCCGACCACCCGGGCAUCGGGCUGGGCUGGGGCAAUGCCAUGCUGCUCAUGGAGUUCGUGGCAGGCACGGAGCACGACGUGGACGUGGUCAUCUUCUCGGGGAGGUUGCUGGGGGCCUUCGUGUCCGACAAUGGCCCUACCCGCCUCCCGGGCUUCACCGAGACGGCGGCCUGCAUGCCCACCGGGCUGGCGCCAGAGCGGGAAGCCCAGCUGAUCCAGGCAGCCUACCAGUGCUGCCUGGGCUGCGGCCUGCUGGACGGCGUCUUCAACGUGGAGAUGAAGCUGACAGCCUCCGGGCCUCGCCUGAUUGAGAUCAACCCCCGCAUGGGCGGCUUCUACCUUCGGGACUGGAUCCAGGAGCUCUACGGGGUGGACCUGCUGCUGGCGGCCGCCAUGGUGGCCUGCGGCAUCCCGCCCGCCCUGCCCGCCAAGCCCCGGGCCCGGGCCCACCUGGUGGGCGUCAUGUGUGUGGUGUCCCAGCACCUUCAGGCGCUGAGCUCCACGGCCAGCCGGGAGGCGCUCCAGGCCCUGCACGAGCGCGGCCUCAUCCGCCUCAACCUGCUGGAGGAGGAGCUGGUGCCCGGCGAGUACGAGGAGCCCUACUGCAGCAUCGCCUGUGCCGGGGGCAGCCCCAGCGAGGCCAGGCAGCGCCUGCUCGGCCUCUGCCAGGGGCUGGGCAUCGAUGCCCCCAACUAUCCAGUAGCUCAUUUCUUGUCUCAUUUCAAAUAG